GUAAAUUCUGACAAAUGGGUUUUCGCGUUUCGUGUAAACCAUAGCCAAAAACAAUCGUGUAAAGUACGUUACGUGUUGGUUGCCGACGAUGUAACGAUGUGAAUAUUAUAAUAUUGUUUUGAAAUUUAACUAACGCCCGUGUAAACCCGUAAUCGUACCGUAGCUUUGCCAAAACUAUGGCAGAAACUAGAGAACUCAAUUUUCCUCGAUACGCACACGUCGAAGGACAUACUGACGUUUGUUACUCAGAGGAUGGAAAGUAUCUAAUAACCUGUGGUCAAGAUGGAGAUUUAAGAAUAUGGAACGGUAUCGAAGAUAGUGAUCCUAUUGAGAAAUGUGUUGGUAGUCAAGCAUAUGCUGUCCAUCAAAAAGGUGAUGUACUCUAUGUUGGCGACGACCAUCAUACUCUAGAAGUGCAUACGUUUCCUGGAGCCGAAUUGAUUGAUACGUUAACGCGAUUUACUGCUCCCGUGUGCUGUUUGGAUUCGUCCAAAGACGGUCAACUCGUAGCUGCCGGUGGAUGCGAUUCCAUCAUUCAAGUAAUAAACAAAGACAGUAAGAAAGUGUUGAAUUUCAGCGGUCACAAAAGUCCAAUUUUGUCAGUAAAAAUAGAUCCGUUAUGUGAAUUUUUGGUAUCGUCGAGCUGUGACGGAUCUGUGAAAAUAUGGAAUAUGCAAAAUACAAAUGUCGUACACGAAUGGGCCAACGUAAUCGCUUCGAGUAAUGCAUUUCAACAUUCAAAAGUCAAAUGUACACCACUAUGGGAACCCAAAGAUGGUAAUUUAUUGGCGAUACCCUUUGGAAAAGAAGUCAAAUUUUUCCAAAGGGAUGUAUGGAGAGAGCUGUUUACAGUUCACGAUUAUCGUUUGUCCGAUCAAGAAAUCACCGUUAUCAGCUGGUCAAAGUGUGGUAGGUAUUUAGCUGCCGGCACAAAUGAAGGAUAUGUGGUAGCAUGGAAUGUAGGGUCAAAAGUAGUCGUGUUACACGCCAAAUGCAAAGAGCGUCAUUGCAUUAGAAGCCUAGUUUGGUGUCCUCGAGUUGGCGACAACACUUUAGCAUACUGCGAUGAUCACGGUCAACUAGGGUUAAUUGAAAAUGCGUGUUCAGACGAUGAGAUUUUCGACGAAAACACUGAUGCUAUAUUGGCCGACGGUGACGAUGUUUUUGGAUCCGAUUUACUAUUAGGCGACGAUGAAGAGUCUGGCGAUAACGUUAUUUCUCUGGAGAAAAUAAAAAACGAAUCGGGUUUUGGAACUCAAAAUGGCUUUCAUGCAGAAGACGAUGACGACAACAGUAAUUUGUCAUCAUCGAAAUACAUUCCGAAAACGUCAAUAUUGCCCACUGUUAAUCUACAGAACGCGUUUCAACCUUGUUCUACACCUGUGCAUUUGCAAAGAAGAUUUAUGAUUUUCAACGAUGUAGGCUAUGCUCGUCAAACCAAUACUGAAGAAGAAAACGUGAUCGAUGUGGAUUUCCACGAUAAUACAAUUCAUCAUGCUUUUCGUAUAAAAAACGUGCUCGGUCAUACCAUAGCUGCGUUGUGCCGAGAAGCAUUGGUUUUGGGUUGUGAAAUACAAGACGAUGUGCCCAGUAAAGUUGUAUGUGUCUUGUUGAAUUCAUGGGAUGGAAACCGCGAGUGGACUAUAGAUUUACCUGUAAACGAAGAUAUCGUUGGCCUUGCAAUCACUUCAAACUGGGUAGCCGUUGCAACGUCACUUCACUAUUUGAGAUUAUUUACUUUGGCCGGCGGUCAAAGAGAAAUUCUAUCCGUACCGGGUCCUAUAGUUGCCAUCAGCGGAUCUGAGAAUCGCCUAGUCGCAGUACAUCACUGUGGAUCACCUAUUCCGGAUGAACAAAAUCUAAGAUACUGUGUGUUCAAAAUUGAUGAUCGAGUUGAAGAAGUUUAUUCGGGCUAUGUUCCGCUGACACCAAAAACUACACUGAGAUGGAUUGGAUUUUCAGACUAUGGUUCCUUGUGCGUUUUGGAUUCUAUUGGUACAUUGCAAAUUUUGCUCAAAACUUAUUGGACUCCGUUAUGUUAUGUCGACGAUGCGUGGAAAGAUUCUACAAAUCAUUAUUUUGUAAUUGGCGUCAACGAAGCUCGCCAGGAUGUACGUUGUAUUCUUUGCAAAGGGUCGUAUUAUCCUUCGACUACACCUCACCCGUUUUUAAAUGAAAUACCGUGGCAGAUUCCAUUAUGCGACAUUAAUCAAGAAAAAGGUGAACUCGAAGAAAAAUUCUGGAGAUCCAGUAUAGCUUUGGAAAUACUACCCGAGGGCGAUGGACAGCAAUAUUGUAAAGAGCUAAUGACGAUGUUCUUAAAGCUUUUUGCAUUAGCGUGCAAGAGUGGUCAUAAUAUGAGAGCACUGGAUCUUUGCAAACUUAUUAGAUCCGAACAGUCGUUGAAUUUGGCUUUAAAAUAUGCUAUGCGUGUGGGCAAUAGUAGUUUAGCUGAAAAAAUAACAGAAGUAAUAGAAAAUUAUUCCAGCAGAGAUUGCGAAUCUCCUCAACCAAUCCAUUCUAGACAGUUCAAGUCGUAUGACACGGCAUCAACUUCAAACUCAAAUACGGGCUACGCUUCUCAACAAUCCCAAGACAUGUUUUCUGAAAAAUAUAAUUCCUGCAACAACACUCACAACAGUGUUGAGUCAUCGAGCAUACUUGAAACGAUUAAAAAGAAACAAGAUAAACAAUUAUUAAAUGAAUCUUAUGACAUAGAUCGUGCUAUAAACCCAUUCCAAAAAAAAUCUUUUGACCAAGCUAAUAUAUCGGAUGCUACUCUCUCGCCUCUAGAUCAGAAGGAUGAAUCCGUGUCUCUUAAUAACAAAAAAAGAAAAUCUGAUGUAAACGAUGUCGUUAGUUGUGAUGACUCGAUUUUGAAGUCGAAGAAACCAAAAGGAGUUUCAAAGUUAUCUUCCUUUGUUUUUAAAAAAUGAUCCCGAAAAAAAAAUAGAAUUUAAAUAAUUUUAACGUAUAAAAAUGUAUUUAUUUUACUAGUGUAA